AUGAGAAAGGGGAUCCAGCCCGCCCUGGAGCAGUACCUGGUGACCGCCGGGGGUGGGGAGGGGGCGGCUGUCGUCGCCGCCGCCGCUGCAGCCUCCAUGGACAAAAGGGCACUGCUAGCCAGCCCCGGCUUCCCCGCCGCCGCCGCCGCCGCCGCUGCCGCCCCGGGCGCGUACAUCCAGAUCCUCACCACGAACACUUCCACCACCUCCUGUACCUCCUCCCUCCAAAGCGGCGCCGUCGCCGCCGGCCCCCUCCUCCCCAGUGCCCCCGGCGCGGAGCAGACCGCCGGCAGCCUCCUCUACACCACGCCGCACGGACCCUCCAGCAGAGCCGGGCUGCUGCAGCAGCCACCAGCGCUGGGACGCGGCGGCAGCGGCGGCGGCGGCGGCCCUCCGGCAAAGCGAAGGCUGGAGCUAGGAGAAAGCGGUCAUCAGUACCUCGCAGAUGGCUUAAAAACCCCCAAGGGCAAAGGAAGAGCCGCCCUGCGAAGUCCAGAUAGUCCAAAAACUCCAAAAUCUCCCUCAGAAAAAACACGGUAUGACACAUCCCUUGGUCUGCUCACCAAGAAGUUCAUUCAGCUGCUGAGCCAGUCCCCCGACGGGGUCUUGGAUUUGAACAAGGCGGCGGAGGUACUGAAGGUGCAGAAGAGGAGAAUCUACGACAUCACCAACGUGCUAGAGGGCAUCCACCUCAUCAAGAAGAAGUCGAAGAACAACGUGCAGUGGAUGGGCUGCAGUCUGUCUGAAGAUGGGGGCAUGCUGGCCCAGUGUCAAGGCCUGUCCAAGGAAGUGACCGAGCUCAGCCAGGAAGAGAAGAAAUUAGAUGAACUGAUCCAAAGCUGCACCCUGGACCUCAAACUGCUAACCGAAGACUCAGAGAACCAAAGGUUAGCUUACGUUACAUAUCAAGAUAUUCGAAAAAUUAGUGGCCUUAAAGACCAAACUGUUAUAGUUGUCAAAGCCCCUCCAGAAACAAGACUUGAAGUGCCUGACCCAAUAGAGAGCCUACAAAUACAUUUGGCAAGUACCCAAGGGCCCAUUGAGGUUUAUUUGUGUCCAGAAGAGACAGAAACACACAGUCCAAUGAAAACAAACAACCAAGACCACAAUGGGAAUAUCCCGAAACCCCCUUCCAAAGACUUGGCUUCAACCAACUCAGGACAUAGCGAUUGUUCGAUUUCUAUGGCAAACCUUUCUCCUUUGGCCUCCCCAGCCAACCUCUUACAGCAGACUGAGGACCAAAUUCCUUCCAACCUAGAAGGACCAUUUGUGAACUUACUGCCUCCCCUGCUCCAAGAAGACUAUCUCCUAAGCCUCGGGGAGGAAGAAGGCAUUAGCGAUCUCUUUGAUGCUUAUGAUUUGGAGAAGCUCCCGCUUGUGGAAGACUUCAUGUGUAGUUGAUUAUGCUUUGUGUGACCUCCCCUUAUAAACCGAUAUUUUUUUAUUAUGGAACCAGAACAUCUGUCAUGCAGUGUUGUCCCUUCCUACCUUCUUCCUCCGAGAUAGUAUCAUGAAGUAAACUACAAACUUCAGAACAAAGCUGACAUUUUAAUGAAUUUAAAAGGGGGGAGGGGGUGUUUGCCCUUUUU